CGAGCUAGCUUAACUCUGCGAGGGGCGUCGUUGCGCUUUCCAGGCUUGUGGUCGCCUUUUCGACGCCCUGACGGCACUGCGUGUCCGGUCUGUGCGGCGCCCUCUGCGAGCUUCGCGGGCGAGGUACGGGGCGCUGUCCAUUCGCUUUGCUCUACUCUCACUCCCCGCUCGUGUUCCCCCCACUGUCACUUUACUGUCUCUUCUUAUAUCCGCUUUCCGUUAAUUUUUUUCCCCAGUAUGUCUGUGGCUGAAAGCGCCGGCGCUACGUGAUGUGGGUUUCCUUGUAUGUAUAAAUAUGACCGUGUGUGAGAGAGCGCCCAGCGUUUUGUGUGGGUGGUUAUGAAAGCCCCGGGUUUUACUAUAUGUCUGUACGUAUGUAUAUGUGUGUGCGCCACAGGGUGCGUGUCUGCGCGAGCGAGCCACAGGUUUCGUUAUAUAUGUGCGCGCGAGGCGCGGGUUUUGUUACAUGUGCCUGGCGCUCUGGCCCUGUGCGUUGUGGGUUUGCCUGCUCCUACUCUGUGCGACUCCUUGUACGCGCUCGGUUAUGGGGGAUUUCCUUUGCUGCCUGGAUUGUAGGAUCAGAUGGCCUCGGUUCCCUGGGAUCUGUAUCGCUUCCCUCCAUUUUUAGCCAACGGGGCUUUCUAAAGGAUGACCUGUGUGUUGUUGAUUUUCCUGUUUGUUGCAUUUUAACCGUUCAUCCGAAAGCUGAUCAAUGCAUUUUCUGUGGGUUCAGAAACAAAACGUCUCUGUUAUGGGUAUGCCGCCAACUCGCAGGUCCAUUAAAAGAGUGACACUCGGAUGAUGAAUCCAUUAAGCAUCUUUUGCAUUCUGGGGGUGGCACAUUGGUCUCAUACCUCUAGCACUGGGGCUCUGAUUCACAUCUCUGGUUUCGUUUGCAAGCAUUUCCCCCCAAGUAAUAUAGUAUCCCCUCCUCGUUUAAAAGAAUGCAGUAGGAUGAAUUUCCGACACAUUUGUCCUGUGCGUGUGAGCAUUAGUCAGCAAAUGGCAUACUGCUCGAGAAAGUGUACUCGCAUGCAUUCUGGGAGAAUCUGUCUUCUGACUCCUGACUGGUGGGAUCCUGCACUCCUUCACUGCCCUCUGCUUCUCUCUCCAUCACUCUCUCCUUCUCUGUCUGUCUCUCUCUCUCCGCCCGUGUACAGCCAUGGCCGCCAACAAGCCUAAGGGGCAGAACUCAUUGGCCCUGCACAAGGUCAUCAUGGUGGGCAGUGGUGGCGUGGGCAAGUCGGCCCUCACCCUGCAGUUCAUGUAUGACGAGUUCGUGGAGGACUAUGAGCCGACCAAAGCCGACAGCUACAGGAAGAAGGUGGUCCUGGACGGCGAGGAGGUCCAGAUCGAUAUCUUGGACACGGCAGGGCAGGAGGACUACGCCGCCAUCCGGGACAACUACUUCCGCAGCGGAGAGGGAUUCCUCUGUGUGUUCUCCAUCACGGAGCUAGAGUCCUUCACCGCCACCGCGGAUUUCAGAGAGCAGAUCUUGCGGGUGAAGGAGGAUGAGAACGUGCCCUUCCUGCUGGUCGGGAACAAGUCUGACCUGGAGGACCGUCGGCAGGUGGGCGUGGAGGAAGCGAAGGCGCGUGCCGAGCAGUGGGGAGUCAGUUACGUGGAGACUUCAGCCAAAACCCGCGCCAAUGUGGACAAGGUGUUCUUUGACCUGAUGCGUGAGAUCCGGGCAAGAAAGAUGGAGGACAGCAAGGAGAAAAAUGGAAAAAAGAAGAGAAAAAGCCUGGCCAAUCGGAUUCGAGAGCGAUGCUGCAUUUUAUAAUGGCCGCCGGCCUCUUCCACAGCCCUCUGUUAACGAUUCCUCCUCUUUGUGUUGGUUCCCCUAAGCUCCCUCUGAACAGCUCAGGCUGUGAGAGGUCGUUUCCUCUUGUGUCUCUGGGAUGGGGGUAAGUUUGGGAGCGAGAGAUGCGUAGCGCUUUAGGAGCUAAGGGGGGGGUGGUGAACAGCUGGAUGGGGUACAUGGUGAAAGGACUCUUCUCGCUGUAUAACUUGUAUAUAUCUGGUGCCAUAAGCACAGUGAUCACGACAGUUCUGUCUUUUUCCCGUUUUUUUUUUUUUUUUUUUUAAAUCAUUUAGAGCAGCCCUUCCUAUUCCCCUGUGGAGAGUUUUAUAUACAUGCUUAGUUACAGGCAGACGGCCCACCAGUCAGGUUCAGCUUCAUGUUGCUGGUGCAUCACGUUCCUCUUAGUUCCACUACAUUUCCCAUGAGGCCUAGCGACAGGACUCUUGAACUGGGGCUCACGAGGCCAGCAUGGCGAGAGGCAGAGGUGAAAACCGUCCCUCCAGCUCAGAGGCCGGCUGCUUACCUGCCACCGCUGCGUUUCUGAGCCCCACCCGUGCACUGUGAGCGUGUCUGACCUGAGGAAAGCCACUGCAAGCUCCUGGAAUUAGUCAUGUGACCUACGGCUGGUGGUGGGAGACGUCUGUGCCGUAUCACCUGGUUUCCUUCACAGCUGCUGUGUUGCGUCACGUGUGUGUACAUCUAAGUGCUCCGGUCCAGUCCGGUCUGGUUCCGCCUCUGUCCCGUUUGCCUUCAUGUUAAAUGGCACCCUUCCUGCCUCUUGCCGUGUUGGGCUAGAGUACAGGAAUUGGGGCCUGGUCGCAAGCACAGCUGCUGGGUGGUGAGAGGGGCAGGAGGUCACCUACCUAGGCCACCUGUGCUCGUUAAGCGUGUCACUAAUAGUCUUUUUCUGUGUGGUUAGCUAAUGACACUCAGUAAUGUUUAAUCUGAAAUGUAGUGAUGGCACCCCUGUGCUUGUGGGUGGGUGCUUAAUUCUGUAAGUAUGCUUUGCCUUACUGACAUCUCCGUUCUUUAGCAGAUGCAUUGCGUGGCGCUUGCUGCAAGCAUCGCAAUUGUCAUUUCAUUCACAGUGUCAUUUCAGAAACUAACGCCAUUAUUUAAAGGUCGAGUCUUUUCUGUACUACUGGCGGAUUACGUUCCAAAGGACAUUUCAUAACCCCCAAAACAAGUUCAUAGGAAGACGGUGCAGACGGUGGGACCAAUAUGUUGAAUUGGAAACCUUGGUGAAUCUCUGCACUGUGGCCCCUGACUUCCUGAAGCAUUUCUUAAGGGGCUGGAGCUCUGUGUCCCAUGCAAGCUAAUGAUGACAAAGGGCUGAGGAUUCCUCCUGCUGCUUCAGCUCAGCGUUUCUUGUGCAUCACUUUCUCCUGUGGCCUGAUUUUGAACGGAGUCGGCUUGGUCCUGCUUCAGACUGGAUGAACAUGUUCUCAGCAGCACUAAACGCUCUGUACCGCUCUGUACAAACCAGUGCGAUGCAGCCCGGAGGAUGGCGUCUCCCAGGUAACCGAAACCCAUAACACUAACUAUAGCGUGCCUCCAUGGUGCAGUCCUGCUCAUGCUGAAACCGUCUAAGAAAAUAUGUGCUGAUGUUCUGUGUUUGUGCUUUGUUGGAGCGGAUGUGGGGCAUUGCAGGUUAGAUGAGAUUUCGUUUUGUGCCCACUCCCCUCUUUCCUGCAAGAUUGCUUCAUCCACAUGCAUCCCUACUGAAUGUUAUCCAGCGAGGAGGGGAGGGGAGGGGGGGGGCUUUUCCUGGAACUUGGACAUUUCAAAUGAGGAAUCGUUUUUGAAGACUUCUAAAUGCCCUUUUCUAGUAGCUCGUUAAGUCUGUUUUAUUGCUCAGCUUUGGGGAUGGUUUAGAAAACGGGCUUUAAAGGAAGAAGGGGGGGUUUCAACAUUAAUAAAUAGUAUGGAUACUAUGUGUACGUCUCACUGAACCUCCACUGUUUCCCACUCUCUCAACUGUUGUGACGAUGCUUUAGCCCUGCUUAUUUUGUCAUAAGUACCGUGUAACCAGGGAUCCUUAACUGAACCACUAACGUCAUUUUCUGUUUGUGGCACGUGGGUGCAGAGGUGUGAUGACGCUGCAGGGAAGGGCUGAGGCUCCUCCUGCCCACGCCUCUUUGCUGUACUUUGAGCCAUUAAGAGAGCUUAAAACAAUGUGAAGAUGACAUGAAUAAAGAAAUAAACUACCAUUUUAUAACUUGUA